CGGAACCAGUUAUAACAACAACCAUGGUGCAAAGAGACCGCAGAAUUUUGAGGUCCUGAUUUCCGCACGUUAAUCAGAAUGGCAGCUACUUUGACUCCGGAGGAAGAAGACUUUCCCGGCCGACUUCUCCACCAGGCUGCUUUGUGGGACAAUGCCGAACUGUUGGAGGACCUGCUUCGGGGGGAGCAGAAAGCCUACAUCGACAGCCGCGACUCGUGGGGUCGGACCCCUCUGCACGCUGCAGCUUUGACAGAGAAUUCGCGCUGUUUAAAAGUCCUCUUGGCAGCGGGAGCCAACCCAAACUUGUCGUGUGGCCCGCGAGGAGAAAAUAAGACUCCCCUUCACGUAAGCAGCGAACACGGGUGUGCGAGCAACGUGCAAGCUUUGCUGGAGCACGGGGCGAAUCUGACAGCAAAAGACGUGAAUGGGAUGACCGCUCUGGACGUGGCCGAGGCUGGCGAGCACUCGAUAACCCUGCGACAGCUCAAAGAGGCAGCUGAUGAGAAAGAACAGAAAAAGCACGAGCAUCACAGCGCCCUGCGAGAGGCGUGCAGCCGCGGCGACACAGAUGCGGUCCGGCGAAUUGUCGAAAGCAUCGGCGAAGAAGCAGAACUCGUGAUUAACAUGGCACCGAGCGGCAGCAACACUCUUUUGUUCACGGCGUGUGAAGUUGGCCAAAAAGAGAUUGUCAAAAUCUUGCUAGAAAACGAGGCAGACGGUCGAAUCCAUCCCGUGACCAAGUACUCGCCACUCUACAUCGCAUGUUACUAUGGCAGAAAAGACAUCGUCGAGCUGCUUCUCAAGAAAUUCCCGGAACUAGUCCAGCAGCAAACUGUGGAAAAAUGGCUACCGGUGCAUGCGUGCUGCAUCAACGGCCACGUCGCUGUGUUGGAGCUGUUGCUGAAGUUUGCGUACCCGCCGAGAGUGAUGUGCACCCUGAGAGACAAGUCUGGAGAGUGGGCGUACGACAUGCCCUUUGACCUGAACGCGCGGGACGUGACUGGACAGAGUGUCCUCUAUUUGGCGUGCUACGUCGGUAACCAGAAACUGGUCGACUGCCUGCUCAAGUUCAGGGUCAAAGCGAACAGAAUCAAUGCGUUGCGUAUCAAGAAGGAGGACGAGGAGCAAAAAGCCAACGACAUACUGAGUCCAACUCGAAGGAGAAUAUCGAACGGAAUCCAGUCGAUAAUGUCCAAACUGAAUCUGAGCAAGCAGGAGCCGACCGUUUCCAACGAAACGGAGCUGAGCCCUCUGUUGCUCGAUUUGUACUGCAACAACAACACGGAGACGGCCCUGCACGUGGCGGUCAAGUGCAAGCACCACAACAUCAUCUCGGCGCUGCUGAUGGGCGGCGCCAACCCCAACCUGCCGAUCCUGGCCAACGAGGAGGAGCUGAGCCGCGACGAGGGCCUCGGCUCGGCCAGCGGCUCCACCAGCCUGGUGGAGGCGUGCAGGAACCGCGACCUGACGGCGCUGGACCUGCUGCUCAAGUACGGCGCCAGGGACGACGAGUGCAGGGCCCUGGAGGUGGCCUACCGCGACGAGAUCAUGUGCGCCAAGCUGUUGGCCACCAAGGCCCACACGGACCCUGAGUACAAGAUCAACAAGAAGGCCAUGUCGGAGGUGAGUCCUUCGCAGUUCGCGUCGGCCUCCAGCCUCGGCAGCCUCACCUACGGCUCCCUCUUCCCCAACACGGCGGUCAUGAUCAACUGGCACGGCCAGAACUGCCUCAGCCACGUCAAGCCGCAGUGGCUGGUGGACGCCGCUCUGACGGUCAAUCCGCGCCUCAGACUCAACCCCAAACACCAGGACGUCGUCCUCUACUCCAUCACCAGGCUGGACAUCUCCAGGAACUCGCUCACCUCGGUUCCCAUCGCGGUCUUCCAGCUGCAGAGCCUGAGAUAUUUGAAUUUAUCUCAGAACAAACUGGAAAGGCUGCCGUCGAACGAGGAAAAGUCAACAGUUCCUCUCAGUAAAAGCGGAAGGAACAGAGUAAUGGCCGAGGCAAUCGGAUACAUCGCUCCGGUCUUGGAGGAAAUCCAUCUGCAGUUCAACCGACUCGAGCAAAUCCCCGAGGAAAUUUUCCAGCUGCCCGCCUUGGUCAGUCUGGACGUGUCCAACAACAAACUCCAGUCCCUGCCUUACCUCAUGUGGAAAGCAUCCAAGCUCAAAGAGCUGAACGCGUCGUUCAACCUUCUUAGAGAGCUGCCGACGCACCAACAAGGCAUCACAGUCGGCAUCGACGUCACCAGCUUGACCAGCGAGCAAAUCAUGGUCAGAUCCGACAGCUUUUCCAGCCAAACUUCCCUGGGGAGAGGACAGGAGGAUAAAAAUUCGUCCUGCAAUGACGUGUCUGAGCUAACGGACGAUUCUUUGCAAGACGCGCAAACCUUGAACUCGUGCGUCAACAAAAGCAAAUUUGUUCAAAAUAUGGACUUGAAACAUUUGAAUAUAUGGAGCAAAAACGUGGAAGUGAAUGACCAAAUCCUGCACGCGGACGAAGACAGUUUAGAAAACUGUUCGCAACUGUCGGCGCUGAAUCUGGCGCACAACGCGUUUUCCUGCAUUCCUUCCGCUCUGCCCUGCUUGGCUGUGAACCUAACCAGACUGAAUCUCAGUUACAACAACCUGAGGAGCAUGGGACACGUAACGUCGUAUCCGAGCACCCUGAAGCAGCUCGAUUUGUCACACAAUCAGAUCUGCUGCUGGCCGAGCUUGCCUCAACUCGAAGCCCUGGACGCCGCAGGUGACAUGUCCCAUCUCAACUGCUACUGCCCUUCUGAGAACACAAAACCAAAGAAAACGCCUAUUCUAUCCGGUCGGCUUUCGAGCAGCAAAUCUUUGAGAAGUAUGAUUCUCAAUUCAGUUUGCACACAUAGGCGCCACCUGAAGCUCGAUUCUAUGCGCACUCUUAUUUUGGCCGAUAACUGUUUGGAGAGAAUCCAGCUUUCGACUGACGACGACGGUGGCUCCAUCGCUGAAGAGGACGAAGCCGAAGAUUUGGAUCCUUCAAAUCCAGUGGUGACGGGCAAAUCAAAACUAAUGUUCCCCAACAUGAGCAUGCUGGACAUCAGCAACAACAACCUCCACGAAAUUCCUAGAAACAUCAACGAACUGAACAAUUUGUCCGUUUUGAACAUCAGCGGCAAUCCUGACAUAAAUGAGCUGCCGCCUCAAAUGGGUUUGCUUUCGAGGCUGUGGAAUCUGAACACGAACGGCUGCAGCUUGCAAGAGCCGCUCAAGUCGAUGAUCGAAUCAAAAAAGUACAAAACCAUGGAUGUGAUUGGCUACUUGAAAUCCGUGCUUGAGGAUGCAAAGCCGUACGCCAGGAUCAAGCUCAUGAUCGUUGGCGUCCAGGGAAUUGGAAAAACGUCUCUCCUCGAGCAGCUGCGAAUGGAGGGACACGGCUCGUACAAGAAAAAACCAGUCGAGCACUGGGCUAAGCGGAUGGGCAACAAGAACAUCAACGUGAAGACCUCCAGGGGAACAAACAUGUCGACGGUUGGAGUGGACAUCGGAGAUUGGGUCUACGAGAAGCGCGGCCGCUCGCAGAACUCUUUCGGUCCUGUCGUAUUUCGAACCUGGGAUUUUGGCGGACAGAAGGAGUACUACGCAACGCAUCAGUAUUUCCUGUCCAAAAGAAGUCUAUAUCUUGUGGUGUGGAGAAUUCCUGACGGCCCCCGUGGCAUUGCUGAAAUUUUACAGUGGCUUGUCAAUAUUCAGGCUCGAGCUCCGAACUCGCCAGUUUUGAUUGUGGGCACUCAUUACGACAUGGCCAAAGACCUGCCUUGCACGGAAGACCUGCAACAGCUCAUCAGAGAAAAGUUCAUAAACAUUGUGGACGCGGAAAAGUGCGGUUUGCCGAGGGUGUUGGACACGAUCGAAAUCAGCUGCAAAACCAGGCACAACGUGAAACACCUUUGCAACCUGAUUUACGACACGGUGUACAGUCUGCGGCCGCCAGGGAGCAAGGAGCUGCUCCUCGAACAAAGGGUGCCGGCCAGCUACCUGGCGCUGGAGGACGUCGUCAGUGUCAUUGCCGCCGAGAGGAGGGCCCUGGGAGCUGAUCCCGUCUUGCUGGCCGACGAGUACAAGGCGAAGGUGGCCCAUGAGCUGCAAGCCAGGUACCACAGGACCUUCAGGGACGGUGCCGAACUCAACCAGGCCACUGCUUUUUUGCACGAGAAUGGCGUUCUUCUCCACUACGAUGACGCUACUUUGAAGGAUUUGUACUUCCUCGAUCCCCAAUGGCUGUGUGAUAUGCUGGCGCAUGUCGUGACGAUUCGGGAAAUUAAUCCCUUUGCGAGAACUGGUGUGAUGAAACUUGACGACCUGAAACACGUUUUUAAAUCUUCUUCGAUCGGUCCGGUUGACAAACGCGGCUACAUCGUCAAUCUUUUAAACAAGUUUGAAGUUGCGCUGACCUGGGACAGCAGAACGCUGCUCAUCCCGUCUCUGCUCCUUUCCGAGGAGCAGAUGCGAGGGCCGCAUCCCCCAGAAGUGAGGGUCAAGAUUCCUGUGAGGUCGAGAGGGUGGGCUGUGAGGACGAAGAAGGCGCCAAUCACGCAGGCAUCCACUCUGGUCGGCAACUCUUCCUUCUACACUCCUUCCAAUGAGGUGUUCAGGCUGCAAAAGCCCAACUCCAGCCAAAUUAGUGGGCCAAAGAGAGGGGAAGACUUGCUGAGUCCGGAACAGCCAGCUGGAAGUCUGAGGUGUGAAGUCACAACCAAAUCCGACCCAGAAUCGUCGAUCCGAAGGCUGUUGCUGAUGAGUUAUUUCCCGAGUGGCUUUUGGUCAAGACUGAUGACUCGCAUCCUCGCCGACGACGCAAUCGUCGACAUUGUCCGCUCCUACUUCACUACACCCAAAGAGGUGAUAAACGAUGCUAGUCUAGCUCCGAUUCUGGAGCACCGCGCUGACUGGGUGCUGUGGCAAACGGGAAUGGAGCUCCGAUAUUUUGACACGACGUUGUUUAGAAUGAAGGAGGUUCUGCCCACCGUGCAAAACACUCCUGUUGAUUAUCGCCAAAUGAGAUUUAAGCUGAAGCAGGAGGGCACCUGGACCGAUGUGGACUUUUCCAAUUCGUCGAUUUUGGAGCUGUACUUCCCUGUGGAGACCCUGGUGCUGAAAAGGGCGAUCAGCGAGGACGCAGCCGUGAACUGGGGCCCAGACAGCGAGUACCAGUCGAUCGUGCUCGACCCCAGCAUGGAGUGCGUGACCAAACUGCUCGCCUUGGCCGUCGACCACAUUGACAUUUUGCUCGAAGACUGGUACCCCACUCUGGGCACUCGGUUCGUCCACACUUCCGAGGGGCGCUUUUUGGUGACCAGACUGGUUCCCUGCCCAAAAUGCGUGGCCAGUUUUAACGAGCAGGACGGCGCGUGUGCCUUGAGGCCUGAUGCCUGGAUGGCAAUGGAUAAAAAUAGCAUUUUCGACGGAAAAAAGCCUUUCGAAGAUAUGCACAGGGAGGAUCGCGUGCGCAAAUCUCAAGAAAGUUACACUUCUUGCGACAGCGGCGUCGAGCCUGACAGUGCUGGAUCUAGUCGAACUACGUCUUUCGAGGGUCAUCCGGCAUUCGCCGGCCUGGACCGGCUUUCGAACAAAUCCGAUUCGGACCCGCUGCACUACAGCUGGCUGGUCGAAGAGUGUAUUUUAGCGGCCUACGACAAGAAGUCGGUCGAAUGUCCACUUCACGGAGACAUCGGCCUUCCCAGCAUCGCCCCCGACACGAUGUUCUUGGAUCUAGGUGAACGGCAUCUCAUCCGACCAGACAACAUCAAAAGGGGAAAACUGCUGGGCAGAGGUGCGUUCGGCUUUGUCUUUCGAGGCAACUGCAAAAUGCGCGGCUCCUCUCAGUACGCGGAUGUCGCCAUGAAAAUGCUGCAACCUGUCCAGCCAGGUAGCAACGCUCGGCCGUCCGCUAUCAUUGCAUUUAAGGCUGCACAAGGAAAAUGGGAGCGAGAUCCGUUGCAGUACGCGUGCAAAGCGUACUGCACGGCGCGGCAAGAGCUGAACAUCCUUCUCAGCCUGCGCCACCCCUACAUCGUGCCCCUGGUUGGCAUUUGCACGCACCCCCUGGCCCUGGUGCUCGACCUGGCGCCGCAGGGCGCACUCGACACGACCCUGCGCCACUACCGCAGGUCCGGCGCCAAACUCGGGCCCUACGUCUUGCAAGCGGUCAUUCUGCAGGUGGCCAAAGCCAUCGAGUAUCUCCACCAGCAACAUAUCAUCUACCGAGACUUGAAGUCGGAGAACGUGCUAGUCUGGGACAUGCCGGCACCUUUCACCGCUGACCCGCUCGCCAGGGUACACGUCAAGUUGGCCGACUAUGGUAUCAGUCGGUUGACCCUGCCAUCAGGGACGAAAGGAUUUGGCGGGACUGAAGGGUUCAUGGCGCCGGAAAUAAUGCGCUACAACGGCGAAGAGGAGUACACGGACAAAGUGGACUGCUUUUCGUUUGGAAUGUUCAUUUACGAGUUGCUUACCCUGCACCAACCUUUUGAAGGACAGGAGUCUGUCAAAGAAUGCAUUUUGGAGGGUGGCAGGCCGUCCUUGUGUCACAGGGAAACAUUAUACCCUGGCUACAUUUUGGACCUGAUGGUGUUGUGCUGGGCGCAGCAGCCGAGGGACAGGCCGUCCGCGAGCCACAUCGUGUCGAUCGCCUCCGCGCCUGAGUUCACCCACCUGUCCGACGUGAUCGCCCUGAACCACUCGUCCCAGGUGUCCGCGACAACAGCGGUGCCAGUCUGCGACUCGACCGACGAGAGUUCGUCGGAAUUGUGGCUUGGCUGCAUAAACAACCGGGCUGACCUUCUGCUGGCCACCAACGGCAGAGGCUGGUGCAACUACUGCACUCUCAAUCUGACCGGCAACCCCACCGCCGCCUGUCAGGUCGGAUCCAGCGUGUGGCUUGGCGACCACAAAGGAUACAUCCAUGCCUACCUGGCGUCAGACUGCACACAGUUGUUCAGUUACAACAUGGAGCCGGACGCCCCGGUGCCGUGUCCGGUGGUUUCGAUGCUGUGGCUGCACCAGCUGCAGAGAGUGGCCGUGGCAAUGGCCAAUGGCCGCUUGUUCAUGGUCCGCAGUGACGUCAUGCCGUCGGCCUCCACCAUGGGCGAGGGCAGUUUCGUCAUGACCGAGCUGGGCAACAGCUCCGUCCUCCACGCCAUCACCGCCAUUUACAAGGACAACGGCCGGGUGUGUGAACUGUGGUGCGGCGAGUCGCGCGGGAGCAUCAGCAUCUUCACGAUCAACAACAACAUCGUGUCGUCUCAAGAAGUGGUCAACCACUACGAGCCGGUCAUCGAGAAUCUGGAGGUGUUGCAUUUAAUCUCGUCUCACUGUCCCAACUACUCGGGACAGGAGCCUUCCAUUUGGUCCUACGUUUAUCCAGGCUGUGUUGUGUACCAUUGGGAACCCUCGUCUCGCACAAUUCUUCAUAAAUUAGAUUGCUCGAAACUAGUUCCUUGCUCCGAGAGCCUCAAAUCCAUCAGUAUUGAAGAACACCUCAGCCCAGGCCGUUGCCAGGUGACGUGCAUGUCCGUGCUGAACGAGGAGCUGUACAUCGGCACGACCUGGGGCUGCAUCAUCGUGGUGGAGAAGAACUCGAUGCGGCCGAUCACCAUUUUCCGGCCGUACGAGGAGGACGUGCGCGCCAUCAUCGCGCUGACGCCGUCGGAGGACGCGGAGAAGGCCGGUGCGCCCAUGCUGGCCACCCUGGGCAGAGGCUACCGCGACCUGAUGUCGAGGUACCUCGACUCGUCAGUGCUGGUGCACGAGCUGGCCACUUCCACCGCCAUGGUGGCGCUCGUGUGGCGAGCGGAAAAUUGGUCUCCAACUUAAAUUCUCUCGAGUUCAGAUUAGAAAAACCAAAGAUUUGUUGAUAUUAUUUUAAAUUUUGAUUUUUUUUGUACAUUUUUCAAUGUAUUUUAAUACUUAAAUUCGGAAGCGACCUCCAGUCUAUAUAAUACGAUAUUUUGAGCUCGUCUUUCUGCAACAAACAUUCCUGAUUUGAGAGUCACUUGAUUAUUUUGUGAUAAAUUAAUGAUUGUCCAUCGCCUGCAAAUUACUCAAUUCAUUUUAUGUAGUGAAUAAAUCAAUAUUUUAAAAUGCUAA